CUCAGGGUGAAGAGUCCAUCAAUGUAAAGUUUUCUUUCUGUGAAGCUGUUUUGUUUGACUCGGACCAAACAGUGAGUUAGUCUGAUUUCUUCAGUUGAAGAUCACAUCCAAGAUCCAGACUUGUCCUGGUUGCUGGCCGAGGGUUGUCCACUUUUCUGCGUUGCAGGUAUGAGGGUGCCACACUGGUGCAUGCUGGGAGUAGCCAUCUUACUGCUAGUGUGCCAGGUUAUCAUCCAUCAGCUGUGUGAAACCCUCAUUGUCCUGGCGGAUGGUUUCCACACGCUAUUCGUCAUCGUGCGCAUGGCUUUUCCUCCUCCUUCUCCACCUGUGUGUUUGAGAAAACCUCCUCCAUCCUCUGUGGACUCCCCAGCAACUCCUGCACACUCCUCCACCUCCUCAGCUGCAGUUCCUCCCACCCUUCAUGCAGAGCCGUGUAUUGAAGCACUACCUGGAACCCACACCUCCACCGAUGGAUCACCCAUCCAAGAUCAACUUUCAACUCCUCAUCCUCCUCUUGAAGGAGCUUCACUGGCUAACUCUCAUCAACUCUUCACCCCAGAAGUUUCUCCUCCAGCUCUGAACUGCGGCCUGUCCUUCACUCACAGUAGGACUCCAGCUGUGGGAGCUUUCAUCUCUGCUCUAGUUCUGACCUCUCUGUGUCUCUCAUACAUCACUGAGAUCGUCAGCUAUUCCGUGGAGCCACACCCCGUACAGCGCCCCCUGCUGCCUGUGUUGGUUGGAGCUGUCAGUCUGCUCUAUAAGAUGCUGCUGCUCUGGCUGAACUGGGGUCAGAUGGAGGACACACAACCUGGUGUAGUCAGGCAGUCGGAAAACAAAUGUCACCUUGAAGAGAACCACAAAGUGUUGACUAAAGAGAAAGCCAAGGGUUGUACUGAUCCAAGGCGAGUCCUGGAUGACAUUAAUCAAGUCCACUCCGACGUGGACGGCUGUCUUCACAAUGGGGCGCUUAUCCUCAGUAACCCUGGAAUCUCCUCCUCCAUCCCCAAUGCGGACUCUCAAACUUCACAACCACAGCCAGGGGUCCACCUGCACACAGCACCUCCUCAGGUUGACAGGAACUGUGAGGAUCUGAGUCAUUCCAAAGACAUCGCAGAGGUCUCUAUAGAAGAUACCUGCAUGGAACAUCUUGACAGCAAAAAUGCAUCUAGGAGCUCCCCAGUCUGCGAACCUUCACAUCACACUGAGGAACGUGAACUCAGUAGCCAGGGGCCAGCCUGUCUCCUGUCAUCAGUGCUCAUCACUCAGGGCCUUUGUUCCCCGCUCCUCACUCUGAUCAACAGCCUUGUGACGCUGCUGAUCGACCCUCUGUGUCCGCACAGCUCGGAAGUCUGUAGUUUCCUGGUUUACCUGGAUCCCGGCCUGUCACUGUUGGCUGUGAUUACACUGAUUGCUACAGCGAUGCCACAGCUUCACAGCUAUGGACUGUUGCUUCUACAGUCCACACCUCCACACAUAUGUGUGUCUGAUCUUGGACAGAGGAUUGCAAGUGUCCCUGGGGUGCAGGCUGUGCAUGACCUCCAUGUUUGGCAGUUGUCUGGAUCACUUACCGUGGCCUCGGUGCAUGUGCACUGUCAUGCUGGGUUUCCAUUACACAGGUGUGCUGAUCUGCUCUCAGGGGUCACAAAGGUGCUGCAGAGUGUGGGAGUGAGCUGCUGCACUGUUCAGCCAGAGUUUGUCUCCUAUGCCGGGUGCUCUGCGGGCAGCACAGGUGACGCCUCCCCAGUCGUGCACAGGGAGGACCCCACCCUGCCUCCGCUCCUGCUGGCCUGCAGCCUCGCCUGUGGAAAGGCCUGCACUGGAAACAUGUGCUGCUCCCCGCCAGAAGAGGAAAGCAGGAGCAUGCUUACACCACCAGCUGGAGAAACAAAAGAAGAGCCUCAAACACUUGUCAUCGAGAACACUUUCCUCUGAACGUCAGCAUUAACCAAAUAACUACACUGGAGGAUACCCAUGUCCAGAUGUAAAGCUAGACACAGUGAUGGUGGAAAUGUUAAAGAUUUGAAAGUGUAAUCUUUAUCAAAGAACUGCCUGCAUAUAACAUGUAUAUAUUCUGAUAGAUUUAAGACAUGUAUAUGCUGCUAAACCAAAGACUGUUUUUAUCUGAUAUUGAGCUAAAUUCCAUGUCAUGUAUGUACUGAAAUAAAAACAAACAAUAAUG